UGAAAGCUAAAAAAGUAAAAACCCUAGCAUCCAUCUCUAAUCAAACCUUUGAUAUCAGUGAGCGAGUGUUACCGCCUCACUCUUCCACCACUCGCGCCGUUCCCAAUUCUUCCAUCUCUCUCACAAGAAUCCCAAUUUCAAUCUUCCAAAUGGCCGCAGAGAAGAAGCUGUCGAAUCCAAUGCGGGAUAUCAAAGUGCAGAAACUUGUCCUCAACAUCUCUGUUGGUGAAAGUGGAGAUCGUCUCACCAGAGCUGCCAAGGUUCUUGAACAGCUUAGUGGUCAAACGCCUGUUUUCUCCAAAGCUAGGUACACCGUCCGAUCCUUCGGUAUUAGAAGGAAUGAAAAGAUUGCAUGCUACGUCACUGUUAGAGGCGACAAGGCAAUGCAGCUUUUGGAGAGCGGGUUGAAGGUGAAGGAAUAUGAACUUUUGAGGAGAAAUUUCAGUGAUACCGGAUGUUUUGGCUUCGGUAUUCAAGAACACAUUGACUUGGGAAUCAAGUAUGAUCCUUCUACUGGCAUUUACGGAAUGGAUUUCUUUGUUGUGUUGGAGCGCCCUGGUUACCGAGUUGGACGUCGUCGCCGUUGCAAGGCACGUGUUGGAAUCCAACACCGUGUGACAAAGGAGGAUUCAAUGAAAUGGUUUCAAGUGAAAUAUGAAGGUGUGAUCCUUAACAAGUCCCAUGCAAUUUAAGUCUGGAUCGUACCAUUUUUAUCCUUGAGUUUUAGAUUUUGUUGAGUGUAGUUUGAUAUUUAAUGAAUCGGUAGUUUUAAACUUCUUCAUUGGUAUGGAUACUACUUUUACAAGUUAUGUAAGCUUUUUGUUUAA